ACGAUAUCUUGCUGCACUGAUAAUAACCACCUCAACUGGAUAACUAGGUUUAUCUACUGUUAUGUAGUAUGUAAUUCUUUAACUGGUGAUGUAUUCUUUAGAUUCUGCCAACAUGCGUUUGUCAAGAACAGUGAUGUGUGUGACGUUUGUUCUGAACGUCGUCGGUGUGUUCUCAGCAGACAUCGACUUUGAUGACUUUUACAGUAAACGCCUGCUUAGCUACCUUCGACAAAAAUACCCGGGCAAUAUCUUCUACCCAGCCAAUGACGGUUUGAGUGAAUUGAGUGAAUCGCCGCCGCGCCUAGACUUGUACAAAAAGCUGAAACAUCCGGAUGGGGUCUUUUCGGCGAUGAGCAAAAAAGCGCACGUGCUGCCAUAUACGUUGAACGAACCGUCCAGCAGUCGGCAUACUCGGAUAACGCCAUUUGGACAAUAUGUUCAACCUGACAAGGGAAACUAUGGAGAACAACGCAAAAUCUUUAGACACGGAAAAUGAGAAACGCUUUUAUUAAAGGGACUAUGUCAACACUCAUUACCUAGCCUCUCCAAAACGAAGACAGCAAGACAAAUUAUAUAGAACUUUAACAUUAUUUCAUUUGACAGGUAUAUUAAGUUUGCGUGGAUAACGUGUAUAAAAAUCAACAAUUAUGAUAAAUACCGAGAAAAUUUCUUCUACAAACGAAAAUAUAUCACAUAGCUCUUGGAAAAAGGCGGAUAAUGAAAUAAGCGUAAACGUUUAAUUUUGUAAUUCAAAACAAUGCAUAGAUAGAUACUGUUUCGUAAUUACUUUAAGUAUCUCGAUCAUUGUGUUUCUUUUACGAGUAUGUUUUAAAUGGACGCAUUUAAACAUAAUUGUUAUUAAAUAUUGAUUUAAUCGCACAAUGGUAUAUAUUUAUGUUUGUGUAUAUUUGAUUUAGAAAGGAUAAUACCAUUGAUACCAUCGACAGUGACAAGUUUGUUUGGAGACAUAGUCCCUUUAAUUACACAGGACGUAUUGUGGAGGUUCCUGCUUUAAUGAAUGUUAACUUAUACACGUAAUAUCCGAAUAAAAAACAUAUCAAACUUUGAAA